ACAUAAAAUGUUUGUAGUUGUGCAAAAAUGGAAGAAAUAUCGUAAAUUGCAUCCGCAGCGAAGGAAACUCUUCUUCCCUGCAAACCGAGAACGGUAUAUGAAGAAGCUUACAAUGGAUACAAGAAAUCGUGCGUAAAGAAAAAUGUAAAAAAAAACCAUUGAAGAUACAAUUCUGGCUUACUUUACUACCGAUCUCGCGUCGUAUAAAGCAUCAAGCUUAUGGAUUCCUUGCUACGCACUACGAUUCAUUUGAACGAAGGAGUAGAUAUUAGCAAGUUUCCCAGUGUUAUUCCAUUUCUUAAAUUGAAGGAGAAGGAUAUACGCCAAAAAAAUCGCUGAUUCUAACGGAUGAAAAUGUGGAUUCCUUUUUAUUAAGCGCUCAGGAUGAACACCAUUUGCUAAAUAAGGUAAUUCUUAUCUUUGGAGUGGCGGGUGCCUGUAGACGUCAGGAAUUGGUUUUUUUGCAGACGACCAAUGUUGAAGAUCAGGAAAAACAUUUUCUAGUCAAGAUCAUCGAUACGAAAACCAAAAAAGAUAGAUCGUUGGUCAUAUUACUAGGAAAACACAAUUUACUGCACAUAAUUAGAAAAUACAUAGCCAUUCGUCCUAAAGUAAGGUCACACAACAGAUUUUUAUCAAUUAUCAGAAUGGAAAGUGCACGGUUCAACCUGUAGGGGUUCAAUAAGUUGGUGGUGUUCCCAGUGUGGUGGCCAAAUUCUUGAAUUUAACAAAUGCUUCUUCCUACACGGACCAUUCUUUUCGAAGAACUUCUGCAAGUCUUCUGGCAAAUGCAGAUGGAAGUAUGACUGACAUCAUGCGCCAUGGAGGAUGGCUAGUGUCGCGGAAAGCUACGUCGAAGAGUCGGGCAAGUGAGAAUCAACCUUUGAGGAUUAAUUUUGUAGUUUAUUUUGCACACAUCUACGGUGUAGAAUAAAUGUUUAUCUUUAUCUUUCAUCAUCAAGUGAAAUGUAAUUUAGAUGAUAAGCACAGAUCCUGCUCAUGUCUUAUCUUCAGUUCGCGAGCUAUUUUUUCCAAUGUAACUUCUGUAAACCUUAUUUUACGAUUGAGGUAGUUAAGCGAUUGGAAGGAAUAACAAAAAGUGCACGACCUGUAACUACACCUUGAGAUUAUACAGGUAAUUAAAAAAUAAACCAUUCGGCGAAACACGUACUGUGAUUAGUUUGUUAAAGUAACUUCCAAUAAUUUUUUCGUCUCGGUAGGUAGGUAGUAGGUACCUAUUUAGUUUUUAGCAGAAGAAAUAGUAAUCGCCUGAAGAUGAAGAAAUUACUACUCCUUUUUUUUACGAUUACCGUAUUGGGAAUGGUUUAUUACGUCCACCUUCCGCAAUCCUCCGAGUCCAAGAUUUCACCUCUUGCAUGUUACGUCGCAGACGGCAACAGAUUGCCCGACCUAUUCGAAAUGCAAACGCCACCAGAAAAUUCGAUAUACUUCAUCGAAACGUCGUGCAAGUCGUUUACAGAGGGCGCAGUUUCGAUCAACCCAAGACAGGCAUGCGCUGUCGAAUCCGCUGCCCUAAUCAACCCCGACUAUCAAACCUACCUAAUGUACACGUCGCCUGGGUUAAUUAAGGACGAAACCACACUAUCCGGGAAGCUUUUACAUACACUAACCAACAUAAAAAAUGUCAACCUGUUGUGGUUGAAUUUUCCACGCCUGCUCAAGGGCACAUUUGUUGAAGAAUUGUACACGAGUGGCAAGAUCCAGUCUUCAAAGUUUCCCGUUAACACCGCAAGCAACAUCGCCAGACUUGUGCUUCUGUUGAAGUUUGGCGGAAUCUACCUAGACCUAGAUUUUGUGAUAAUUAGGCCAUUUGAUGACUUGGCGUCCAAUUUUGCGGUUGCUGAAUCUGUGAGCGCCGUUAACAAUGCAGUCUUAAGAAGCAGCCUCACCGGCAGUGGGCAAGCGUUUAUUAGGACAUGCUUGGAAGAAUUGCAAGCUCAUUUUUCUGGCAACGCGUGGGGGAAAAAUGGACCCGCCGUAGUUACCAAGGUUUUGAAGAAAAUGUGCAACGUGAAUAUGAUUCAAGAAAUGUACCAGAAGAAUUGCUCCGGAUUCAUCGUUUACCCAAGUGAUUACUUUUACCCAAUUUAUUAUAAAAACUGGAAGUUCUACUUUGAAAGCGGCCACGAAAAGGAUUUAUACUACGUUUUAGAGCAAAGUCAUGGAAUACACCUGUGGAAUAAGUUCAGUAAAAACGCACGUUCUGAUUCUGAGGAAUCCAUUUACAGAGUUAUUGCUAAAAGUCACUGUCCACAAGUGUAUUCUAUAGCGAGCGAAUAUUUUUGAAGCAUUGCAAAUCAAUAUUAUACUUUAUUUUACAGCAGAUGUUAAAUUGACAUUUUAAUAGGCUUGAAUGAGUAGGCUCAGUCUUACUUUGGCGGUGUGAGGUUAAAGUGAUCGCAAGCGUAGCUAAAGUGAAACAAAUGACUUAAUGGCAUCUGCCAUUCUUAAUAAAAAUGGGACGCUGAGCAUGAAAUAGAAUGAAGUUCAGCACAGAAAACAAUACUGUACUGGAAACGACGUAAGAGCCCAACCUUACUAUUUUUUACGUCUAAAUUGUUGAAUCUGUCGAAAAGUAAAAAGAUAUUUUCG